CACAAAGGUAUUGUUCAUCUAAAAUGUUGUUGUAGGUGGCCAGGUUCUGUUCAUGACAGUACAAUAUUUGAUAAUAGUAUGUGUAGGGCUCAGUUUGAAAAUGGAGAAUGUGGAAAUAGUUUUUUACUCGGAGACGGGGGCUGUCCAUGUCGUUAUUACAUGAUGACUCCUCUUCUUCGUCCUGUUACUGAAGUUGAGAAGAGAUAUCAGAAAGCUCAUAUUGGUACAAGAAACGUUGUAGAAAGACUAUUUGGUGUGUGGAAAAGGAGAUUUCCGGUGAUAGCCGUAGGGAUACGCACACAGCUUAACACGACUAUGACGACCAUU